CAGAACAGGAGAGAGAGGGAUGGCCUGGUUUACCUUUUACCUCCUGAACCUUCUCUGGGCUACGGCUGGGACCAGCACCCAGACCCGAAGCUCAUGCUCUGUUCCCCCAGCACAGCAGCCCUUGGUUAACAGUAUGCAAGUGCUUAUGGAGAACUCUGUGACCCACUCAACCUACCCCAACCCCAGCGUCCUGAUUGCCAUGAACCUGGCUGGACCCUACAACCUGGAGGCCCAGAAGCUCCUGACUCACCAGCUCAUGGCCACUGACACAGCUGAUAUGACCGUUGGUCAGCUUGCACUCACCAUCAUGGCCCUCACCUCCUCCUGCCGGGACCCUGGGAAUAAAGUGUCCACUCUACAGAGACAAAUGGAGACCUGGGAACCUUCAAGCCCCAACGCUGAGGCUUCAAGCUUCUAUGGGCCCAGUCUGGCGAUCUUGGCACUGUGCCAGAAGAACCCUGAGACAACCUUACCAAUAGCAGCCCGUUUUGCCAAGACCCUGCAGGCCAAUUCCUCUCCCUUCAAUGUAGACACUGGAGCAAUGGUGACCUUGGCUCUGACCUGUAUGUACAACAAGAUCCCUGUAGGAUCAGAGGAAGGUUACAGAACCCUGUUUGGUCAGGUACUAGAGAAUACUGUGGAGAAUAUCAGCAAAAGGAUCAAAAACAAUGGAAUCAUUGGGGACAUCUAUAGUACUGGCCUUGCAAUGCAGGCUCUCUCCGUGACACCUAAGCAACCUAACAAGGAAUGGAACUGCAAGGAGACUAUGGAUGUAGUGCUUAAUGAGAUUAAGCUGGGAAAAUUUCACAACUCCAUGUCCAUUGCCCAAAUCCUCCCUUCCCUGAAAGGGAAGACAUACCUAGAUGUGCCCUACACGUCUUGUAGCCCUGAUCCUGAGGUACAUCCAACUCUACCCAACCAUCCUACUCCUGUCCCCACCAUAGCAUCCAACAUCACUGUCAAAUACACCAUCAAUAACCAGCUAAGGGGAGUGGAGCUGUUCUUCAAUUUCACCAUAGAUGUUAGCGUGAAAAGUGGGUCUGUGCUACUUGUGGUCCUAGAAGAAGCACAACGCAAAAAUUCCACAUUCAAAUUUGAAACCACAAUGACAUCCUGGGGCCCUGUUGUUUCUUCUAUCAACAAUAUCGCUGAAAAUGUGAAUCAUAAGACGUAUUGGCAGUUCCUCAGUGGCAAGACACCUUUGAAUGAAGGAGUUGCUGACUAUAUACCUUUCAAUCAUGAGCAUAUCACAGCUAAUUUCACCCAGUAUUAAGGACGAAGUGAGUUCAGAUUCUAUUUAAUAUCUCCAAAGGAUGGCUGAAAUUCUACGGUCAUACCAUAUUCCUGGUUUAAAAAAAAAAACUAAAUAUGGAAACCAUAUGUAGAAUAAAUGAUGAUGCAAACUUCUCUAGAGUUGUACCAUCUGUAACCCAUGAAAAUAAAGUACAGCCUC